AUGUUUCACCUAGUUUCUUGGGAAGCGUGUCUCGGCCUCAGCUUGUCUCUAUGGCAAGCGGCCGAAGCGGUCAGCAGCUCGAACAAUGCCAUGAUCAUUACAGUUAAUAAUGCGCCUUUCUAUGUCGGUUCAGAGACGCAAGGAUCCAUACCGUCUUGCCUCAUUCCAGCAUCUGUGAGCGCUGGCAGUCAGAUCGUACCAAUCACGAUAGUUGACACACGCGAGUCCGUGUUCUCCGACGCAAGUCUGGCCGAUCUCGCUUCAUUCAAUCUGGCAAGCGACGACGUCUUCAACGAAGGGUUUUUGCAGGAUUUGACCAUCUCAACCAAGACAAACAGCACAACUUCCGUUGUGCAGCUGGCGAAUCAUACUUCCUCUGUUCUGGCAGGACCGUACUUUCUAUCGACUUCCACAGGGGCAUUGCAUAUUCCUUAUCUACUUUACUCGGAUGAACAGCAAGCAUUCUCGCAAGGCGUUAUCCCUACAUCAGAUGGCUCUUUCACGGCACUCCCAGUUGCACUGCCAGGCUCCUCCACAAUCACAAUUGCGGUUCCUUCCCGCCUUUACUACUCUCCAUCUGCAAAGUCUCCUCUGGCUGGUGUCCGUAUCGGUAUCAAGGACCUCUAUGAUAUCAAGGGUCUCAAGACCGGUGCCGGAAGCCGGGCUUACUAUGACCUCUACCCAGAGGCAAAUGUUACUGCUCCGGCGGUGCAACGACUCAUUGAUGCCGGCGCCGUAGUCGUUGGCAAGAUGAAGACGACACAAUUCGCGGCCCCGGAGAAUGCGAGGGAUGCUAUCGACUACAAGACUCCAUUUAACCCACGUGGUGACGGCUACCAGGAAGCUGGGUCUUCUUCCUCCGGUCCCGGUGCUGGAGUUGCUUCCUACAGGUGGCUAGACAUAGCUCUUGGAUCGGACACUGGUGGCUCCAUACGUGUACCGGCAGAAGACAAUGGGCUCUUCGGCAAUCGUCCGUCACACGGGCACGUGGCGCUAACAAAUGUUGUGCCAUUGUCCCCAGCAAUGGAUACCGCCGGGUUCCUGGUUCGGGAUCCGCAGCUGUGGUCCACCGCCGCGAAAGUACUGUACACCAACCUGACGACGAGCUACACCGGUUAUCCAAAGAGCAUUAUCACCUACGGCUUGCCUUCAGCAAAUGCGUCCGAUUUGACUGCCGGCGAUAAAGUGGUUGUCGAGUUCGUGCAGAAGUUGGCGAGCUUCCUCUCUGCUAAUGUUUCAGCCAACAACUACACCACCCAGUGGGUAGAAACGCACCCAGAAAACACGCCUGCUGAUGUGCAAGAAUUUGUCGGCACAACCUGGGCAGUGCUUUGCGCCUUGGAACAGACCAAAAUCAUCCGAGACCCCUUUUUCCAGAAAUAUUCUGCCAAGUACGAUGGGCGAAUCCCCUUCGUUAACCCUUCAACCAACGGCACAUGGGCAUAUGCAGACACGCUUUCACCAGGGAUGCUCGAUGUGGCUAUCUCAAACCAAACCGUCUUUACAAACUGGUUCAACAGCGAGGUACUGCCAACGAAUGCGGAGUCGUGUUCACAGAGCCUGUUCCUGUACGUGUUCACCCCAGCUGCGCCACUUUACCGCAACUUAGCGGGACCUCAUUUCGACGGUGCGCUGAUGGGACUAAACACCGGAUUUAUAUCCCCGUUGGUCGGCAAUCCAGACUUCGCGCUACCGUUGGGUCAAGUGUCGUACAACAGUACCAUCACGCUGCACGAGGAAUUCUUUCCAGUGUCAAUCAGGAUGAUGGCAGCCCCGCGAUGUGACUUGAUGUUGAUGGAUUUGAUUAAUGACUUGACGGACACGGGAAUUCUGCCUAAUGUGAUGGUCGGAAAUAGUCUCGAAACGGGCGGUAAAAUCUAUCUCUAA